AUGAGGACAUCUUCUGCUGUAUGGGCUGCCGCCCUGGCAGUCAUGUCUGUCCAGGGUCCUAUACUAAUCACCGCCGAGGCCGCCCCCGCACCUCAGCAAGGUGCCGGUCCUGGACAACAGAUGCGAUACUACUUUCCUCGCCCUCUAAAGAGACAGAACGCUUUGCAAAACAUGACCAGUUCCUCUACCUCUUCUUCAGCUUCUGAAGCUCAAACUACAACAUCGCAUCCAUCAUGGUUCGAAACAUUCUCCUCCCUCUUAUCCGAAUCCCAGGACCCUUCUUCGACAUCGUCAUUCGAUUCUCAGGAUCUCUUCUCGACCGUUUCACCUUCUACUGCGCUGGACGCAGCAGCGGCUGCAACCAGCGACUCGACCACAAACUCUGAUGAUUCUGCAACCACUUCCAGCACCGCCGAUACCUUUGUAGCAUCAACUGGCUCGUCGCCCACUACCACGAUUUUUCCUACCCCGUCUUCCGAGUCAGCCACGUCUUCCUCAAUCAAGAGCACUGUCAGUUCAGCGUCACCUGGGACUCAGUCAUCUGCAGAGCCUUCGUCCGUGGCCCCUUCGAGUGCUGCGGCCUUCGUCGCAUCCACCGGUAAUCUCGCAAGUGAGACGGUUAGACCGACCAUUGCAUCUCCCUCGACAAUUUCUUCUUCUACCGAGGCUGCCCCUUCGACAAUCGCUACUUCUACCGAAGCUGCUCCCUUCGUUGCAUCCACUGGUGGAAUUCCUUCGGAAGUUGUCCAACCUACAAUUUCAUCUUCCGCGGCACAAUCGACACCAUCGGUUGCCUCGGUCGCAUCAACUGGCAGCCUUCCCUCGGUGGUCAUUCAACCCACGGCCUCGUCUAGUGAAAGCGUCGAAACUGCAGCUCCUUCGACUGUUGCUUCUACCGGAAACGUUGUCUCGGAAAGCGUCGAGCCUACUGCGCCUUCUACCAUCGCUUCGACUGGCGUUGUUACUUCUGAGAGUGUCGAGCCCACUGCACCUUCUACUAUCGCCUCUACUGGUAUCGCUACCUCCGAGAGUGUCGAGCCUACACCUCCUUCUUCUGUUGCCUCGACUGGUGGCGUACCAACCGAGAUUGUGCAGCCAACCUCCAGAGAAUCCUCGUCCGACGUUGUCCAAUUGACCUCUAGAAGUGCUUCACCAUCAUCGUCUAUUGGUUCGACCGGAGUCAAUGUUGUCGAGUCGGUUACCCCUACCGCCCAAAGUACACUGGCUUCUAUUGGUUCGACCGGCAACGUCGUUGUUGAGUCAGUAAAGCCAACACGUUCGGCCGAUUCCAGUGAUGCCUCUACUGUUGGCACUACUGGUGCAGUCAUCUCUGAGUCCGUCGAGCCAACUGCAGCGGCAACUUCUUCUCGUGUUGACGUAUCAAUCCAGCGACCUGCCUCUACUGGCGGUGUCGUAUCCGAAUCCGUUACUCCUACUGCUUCGGGUACCGUGGCUCAGGCUACUGAUAGCGAUACAACGACUUCUAGUGUCGGAUCCACUGAUAAUGUCAAGACGGAAACUCUUGUCCCUGUCGCUGCAGCAUCCUCAGGCGCUGUCAUUCAAUCCUCUGACGAGGUUCAGCCUACCGCUAACACUGCUUCGUCUGGCUCUGUAAUUCAGUCUUCUGAUGAAAUCCAGCCUACUUCCUCGCCAGACAAUGCUCAAUCAUCAGUCGCUUCUACCGGUGUUGCUGUGUCGUCUGCCGACGAGGUACAGCCUACUGCAACUACACAAGAUUCUAGCAGCGCUGCAUCUACUGGUGGCAUUCCGGAUAUCGUCAUCCUUCCCACAGCUUCGUCGACUAGCGCUACCCAAUCAUCAGACUCGAGCACCGGCGGUGGCAUUAUUGUCGGCCUUUCUACUUUCCUGAACGGAGGCUCUCCUACCACUUCAACCGCAGCGCCUGCUUCUGCAACUGUUGGUAGUGAGUCGAGCACUGAGACUGCUGUGGCCGACCAGACUGAUGGCAACAACGGCACUGUAGUCGCAAGUUCCUCGACCGCUCCUCUGCCUCUCUUCGCCACAACUACUGGUGAAUCUACCGAGACUUUGUCCACUGGUACCGCUUCGGCCGAGAGCUCCACCACUCCCAUCGUCCCAUUGCCCAUUGGAAUCACUACCUCAGACGGCGGUUUUUCUAGUGCUGGUGCUACUGGUACCGCUGAUGUCCUGUCAAGCAUUGUUUCAUCAGCACAAGCAGCCCUUGAGACGAGUAUCUCGUCUUUGGCUUCUGCUGAGGCGACCGACGCCACAAAAACCUCAUCUGACGGACCAACUGCAACUGGUCUUUUGGGUGGUCUCUUGUCAGGCAUCGCUUCUGAUCUGUCAAGUGUAGUGGCCACAGCCUCUGACAGUGCCAUGUCAUCUUCGCUGGCCUCAGACUUCUCGAGCCUCCUUUCGAGUGCUUCGGCUUCGCUUGCUUCUGGCACAACCGCUUCUGCAACCGUCACGGAUGCUUCUGCAAACUCAACUACCGCGGCCGAGAACACCACCGAGGCUUUGCCUGGUUCCAUCACGGAGUCCGGUUCUCUACCCGCCUCCACAGCUACCGACAGCUCUGUCUCUGGUUCUAUUUCUGAUUCCAUCACUGACUCGAGUUCUUUGCCUGCUGCUACAGCUACUGACAGCACUGUCUCUGGUUUUAUUUCUGGUUCCGUCACUGACUCGAGCUCUCUGCCUGCUGCUACAGCUACUGAUAGCUCUGUGUCUGGUACCAGCCCUUUGGCUACAUCGCAAAUCACUGCCUCAGUUACUGACGGCGCAAACACUACUGAAAGUGCCACAAUUCCUCCGCAGUCAAUUGUAAGUAGCACCACAGCUACUGACCUUUCAGGAGACAUUUCGGCCACAACUUCAGCCACAGUGUCCGAAGCUACUAGCGAUGUUUCGGGUACCAUCACGAGUGAUGCCUUGACGACUUCUACCCCUGGUACUCUUAUCUCUGUACCCGCAAACAGCACUGUAGCCUCAGUCGCUACCGAUAGCAGUCUGACUCCGGCAACCGCUAUCGGAAGCACCGCCGCUGCAUCUUCUGCAACCGCUAUCGAUAGCACUGCUACCGCGUCUUCUGCAACUGCUGUCGACAGCACCGCCAUUGUAUCUUCUGCAACCGAAAGCACUGUGCCAUCUGCAGAAAGUACUGUGCCAUCUGUAGAAAGUACCGUCACGAGCAGCGGAACAGCCAUCUCUGCUACAGUCGCCCCUACAGGUGUUUCUCCGUCGGUCACCUCAUUCACCGCCUCCACUUCUGGAACGCUCGUGAUUCCCGUUCCGGUCACGACUCCUCCAUCAUCCCUUCUGUCGUCCAUUUCUUCUGCCCAGUCGUCAAUCGCCUCUUCCGUCUCUGCAUCGAUAUCAGCUGCCGAGUCAUCUCUUGCCGCAUCCGCAUCAGUUUCGCAAGCAUCCAGCGUUCCUUCCUUCGUGCCGAACAAUGCCACCAUGACGACUUCCGCCGCGAUUGGCAUUUCGACAUCCAUUCCACUAUCAAGCGGCACAACUCUUGAUUUGUCUUCUGGCAGUGAUUCUACCGCUACAGCUACUUCGGAGAUCGGCUCUUCCACAUCUUUGGCAGUUUCGAGUGAUGCUUCAACCACGAUUACCUCAGAGGCCACCGCAGUGUCAGCUACCGCCGAGAGCAGCGCAUCUGCAAGUCUUUCAAGCGCUACUUCUACCGAUGACACCAUCGUUCCCAUUGGAUUUGCUUCUAGCACCGAGUUGUCGUCUCCUCCAUUGACAUCGGUAGUUCCGACUACACCUGCAUCUCCAGCCCCCACAGCAGCAUCCACCUCUCUUGCCUUCGAACCAUCGACCAGUAUUGCUCCCACCAGCAUUGUACCCAUUGGCACCAACACCUAUACAACAAUGCCCAUAGAGACCAGCAUCUUGUACCAACCUUCUGAGACAGCAACUACUUCGACUGCUCCCCAGGCGUCUGGUAUUCCUUCAUCAAUGCCUCGUGUCAUUCAGCCUCCCGGUGGCAUGCCUUCGGCUCCCGGCAACACCACUCUGAUCCAGGUUGGUUUCACCUACGGGCUAAACUACCCCUUCGUAGUUUCCACUGCUGGCUCUGCAAACCAGAUCUUCGAGUUCCUUCCUGCUGGUUUGGCCUAUGGUCUCAACAUUGACGCAGCCAAGGUCAAGAUGUACGCACUGCAACCUUACGACACUACACAGUCGAUGCACUACAUCACCACCUUGGCUCUGGUAUAUGUUCCAUCCGAGGCAAUCAACCAGUUGCAGCUCGAUCUGCACACUUCGGUUGCCACUCUAUACAACAACCCCGAUGCAUCCACAAAGACUUUGAUGGGAAUGAUCAACCCUGCCAUUCCCAUGAUGCCUGGUGCAAAUGGCAUGGGCAACAGCCAAGGAAAUGCAAAGAACCCAUCUGGCUCAGGCACCACUUCUGACAGCAAUGGCGCCCCUCUUGGUGGCGACUCGAGCAGUUCGUCACCUGUCAAUGGUACUUCUGUUGGUAUCGGUGUUGGUGCUGUCGCCGGUGCUGCCGUGUAUGCCGCAGCCAUGGUCUACGUUGCUCGUCGUUACAAGAAGAAGCGCUCCUCGCAUGCUCGCAGCAGCAGUGUACCAUACACUGACGAAAGAGGCGAGAUGAGCCAGCGUCACAGCGCAGCAAAUUAUUUCAUGUCGGGAGGUCGCGGUCGCGUGACACCUACUAGCGGUAGAGGUAGCCGCCAAAGUGGAAGCAGUGCCAAUGGUCGUAGUGUCAGAGAACAAGGUAUCAGUGCUCCUGUCCUUGCAGGAAACUCUCUUGGCUGGAACUAG